ACUGCCAAACUUAAGAUGCGCGGGCGAUUCCGCAUCGAAAGGUGGCGGUAGAGUGCCAUGCGUUUUUGACACCUGUCAUUGGACGGAGAAGAACGGGGAAUGAAAACAGGAAGAACUAGAUCAAAUCAGGAGCUGUGACGAAAAAGAAAAACACACAUUUUCUGAAGGAAGGAGAAAAAAGGAGAAGAAUAUGGUGGAGAAUUCCCCAUCCCCCCUGCCGGAGAGGGCAAUCUAUGGCUUUGUGCUUUUCCUAGGCUCACAAUUUGGAUUCUUUUUGUAUUUAGUGUGGGCAUAUGUUCCAGAGGCCUGGCUUCAUUCAAUUGGGCUAACAUACUGGCCACAGAAGUACUGGGCUCUAGCUAUGCCAGUCUACCUCCUCGUUGCUUUGGUAUUCUCAAUAAUCCUUCUCUUUGGAAUAAACUUCAUCAACACGGCUCCACUCUCCUCAGUAGACAACAUUACAGACUCCUAUGCCAAACGUCAGAGAGCAGACGUCUAUCAGACAGGGUCAACACCAAGACUGAAGGAUAUUUCUAUUAGUGAAAUUAACCACAUGUUUUAUUUGUCAUCCAGUGAAUAAUAUUGACAAAUGUAAAUACAGUUUUUCAAA